AUGGUGACACCCUAUGAGUGGAAGGAGUACCAGGUUACUCGUGAUAAAAUGAAGAAACUCAGGUCAGAAAUGGAACAAGUCAAAACUCCUGUGCUAAUAAGCGGUGGGACAGUCACGAGUAACCCUUGUACUUCCAAUCUGAGUCAAAUGGAAAAGACUCCUGAAAAUCAAGAAGAAAAGAUAAGGUAUUUCUCUCUCUUUCCUCCCACUGGGGCCGCCGCUUCUGAUGCUGCUAUCACAGCUGCAGUUAGAAGUGCAUCCCGGAUCAUAGGGACUCAUCUGGAAGGUGCAGGCCUGGAUGACUGUCUUCAGCAGUACAUUAAGAACUUUGAGAGGGAAAAGAUCAGUGGGGACCAGCUGCUUCGAAUUACCCACCAGGAACUGGAAGACUUGGGAGUCACUCGCAUUGGCCAUCAAGAGCUUAUAUUGGAGGCAGUAGAUCUACUGUGUGCACUGAACUAUGGCCUGGAAACUGAAAACCUCAAAACCCUUUCUCACAAGUUAAACGCAUCUGCCAAAAAUCUGCAGAAUUUUAUUAUUGGAAGGAGGAGGAGUGGUCACUAUGAUGGGAGGACUAGCCGGAAAUUGCCAAAUGACUUCCUGACCUCUGUUGUGGACCUGAUUGGAGCAGCUAAAAGUCUGCUGGCAUGGUUGGACAGAUCUCCUUUUGCUGCUGUGACUGACUACUCACUCACCAGGAAUAGUGUCAUCCAGCUCUGCCUGGAGUUAACAACAAUUGUUCAGCAGGACUGCACAGUAUAUGAAACAGAGAAUAAAAUUCUUCAUGUGUGUAAAACUCUCUCUGGAGUCUGUGAUCACAUUAUCUCCCUUUCAUCUGAUCCCUUGGUUUCACAGUCUGCUCACCUGGAAGUGAUCCAGCUAGCAAACAUCAAGCCAAGUGAAGGGCUGGGAAUGUACAUUAAAUCAACAUAUGAUGGCCUCCAUGUAAUUACUGGAACCACUGAAAAUUCACCUGCAGAUCGGUGCAAGAAAAUCCAUGCUGGCGAUGAAGUGAUUCAAGUCAAUCACCAAACUGUGGUGGGGUGGCAGUUGAAAAAUUUGGUGAAUGCUCUACGAGAGGACCCGAGUGGUGUUAUCUUAACUUUGAAAAAGCGACCUCAGAGCAUGCUUACCUCAGCACCAGCUUUACUGAAAAAUAUGAGAUGGAAGCCCCUUGCUCUGCAGCCUCUUAUACCUAGAAGUCCCACAAGCAGUGUUGCCACGCCUUCCAGCACCAUCAGCACACCCACCAAAAGGGACAGCUCCGCUCUUCAGGACCUCUACAUACCCCCUCCUCCAGCAGAGCCCUACAUUCCCAGGGAUGAAAAAGGAAAUCUUCCCUGUGAUGAUCUCAGUAGGCACCUAGUGGGCAAGCCAGUACAUAAGGGAUCCGAAUCUCCAAAUUCAUUUCUUGAUCAGGAAUAUCGGAAGAGAUUUAAUGUGGUUGAAGAAGAUGCUGUCUUAUAUUGCUAUGAAUAUGAUAAAGGAAGAUCAAGCAGUCAAGGAAGAAGAGAGAGCACUCCAACUUAUGGCAAGCUACGGCCUAUAUCUAUGCCAGUGGAAUAUAAUUGGGUGGGGGAGUAUGAAGAUCCCAGUAAGAUGAAGAGAGAUAGUAGAAGAGAAAAUUCCCUACUUCGGUACAUGAGCAAUGAAAAAAUUGCUCAAGAAGAAUACAUGUAUCAGAGAAAUAGCAAGAAAGAUACAGGGAAAAAGUCAAAAAAGAAAGGAGAUAAAAGUAACAGUCCAACUCACUAUUCCUUGCUACCUAGUUUACAAAUGGAAGCAUUAAGACAAGAUGUCAUGGGCACACCUGUGCCAGAGGCCACUUUAUAUCACACAUUUCAGCAGUCUUCUCUGCAACAUAAAUCAAAGAAGAAAAACAAAGGUCCAAUGGGAGGCAAGAGCAAACGACGAAUUUCUUGUAAAGAUCUUGGCCGUGGAGACUGUGAGGGCUGGCUUUGGAAGAAAAAAGAUGCCAAGAGCUAUUUUUCACAGAAAUGGAAGAAAUAUUGGUUUGUUUUAAAGGAUACAUCCCUAUAUUGGUAUAUUAAUGAAGAGGAUGAAAAAGCAGAAGGAUUCAUCAGUUUGCCUGAAUUUAAAAUUGAUAGAGCCAGCGAAUGUCGCAAGAAAUAUGCAUUCAAAGCUUGUCAUCCUAAAAUCAAGAGUUUCUACUUUGCUGCCGAACAUCUGGAUGAUAUGAACAGAUGGCUAAAUAGACUUAACAUGCUAGCUGCUGGAUAUGCAGAAAGAGAGAGGAUCAAGCAAGAACAAGAAUUCUGGAAGUCUGGAACUUCCAGCCCACACCGGCAGAUUUGCCCUUUUUCAUUUGAUUACUGGAGUGAGAGUGACAAGGAGGAAGCAGACACUCCCUCGACACCUAAACAAGAUAGUCCCCCACCCCCCUAUGAUACAUAUCCAAGACCUCCUUCAAUGAGCUGUGCCAGUCCAUACGUAGAACCGAAACACAGUCGACUCUCCUCUACGGAGACCUCUCAGUCCCAGUCCUCUCACGAAGAAUUCCGCCAAGAAGUGGUUGGGAGCAGCGCGGCGUCCCCCAUCCGCAAGACGGCCAGCCAGCGAAGGUCGUGGCAGGAUUUAAUCGAGACGCCCCUAACCAGCUCGGGACUGCACUACCUUCAGACUCUCCCACUCGAGGACUCGGUGUUCUCUGACUCCGCCGUGAUCUCCCCGGAGCACAGGCGGCAGUCCACCCUUCCAACUCAAAAAUGCCACCUGCAGGAUCACUAUGGGCCAUAUCCCUUGGAGGGAGAACGGAUGCAGGUGUUGAAUGGAAAUGGGGGCAAGCCUCGCAGUUUUACUCUUCCCCGGGAUAGCGGCUUCAGUCACUGCUGCCUGAACGCACCCAUCAGCGUGUGUGACCAGCCGGAGGAUGCGCAGCACACCGAGGUAGAGGAAGACGAAGAAGAGGAGGAUGAAGAGGGGGAAGCCGCCGGAGAAAACAUAGGGGACAAAAAUGAAAUAGGAGAAGAAAACCUAGCAGACUCAUUACAAGAUUUAUACAAGGCUUUGGAGAGAGCCAGUCUGUCACCUCUAGGAGAACACCGAAUUUCAACCAAGCUGGAAUACAAGAAAUCUUUCAUUAAAAGGUGUAGUGAUCCAAUAGUGAAUGAAAAACUGCAUAGGCUGCGAAUUCUAAAAAGCACUUUAAAGGCUAGAGAAGGAGAAGUAGCCAUUAUAGAUAAAGUUCUAGACAAUCCAGAUUUGACAUCUAAAGACUUUCAAGAGUGGAAAGAGAUGUACCUUGACCUCUUCUUGGAUAUCUGUCAAAAAAGCACCCCAAAUGACCCAUUAAAUGUUUCUUCUGAAGUAGAUGUACUUAUAUCCUCUCUAGUGCAUACCCAUUCAUACAUUGAAACGCAUGUGUAA